GCUACAUGGCUUUAAACGCUUUGGAUUGGCUUGCGUGCUCGUCGUUCAUCUUCGUCCUGGGGGUGAUAGGCCAUCGCUUGCGUCGCCAGAAUAGAUCCCACUCGCUACCAUCUGGCCCGCCGCAGAAACCAUUGAUAGGGAAUUAUCUCGACGUCCCCAAGGCGGAGCCAUGGAAAACAUUCUCGCAAUGGGGAAAGCUAUAUGGCGACCUCGUAUACGUAAAAGUCCUCGGAAACAAACUUCUCAUCCUGAACGACUUGGAAAGUAUGCGCGAGCUUCUUGAGAAGAGAUCGCAGAAGUAUUCUGAUAGGCCAUCGUUUGUGAUGGCCAAAUAUAUGGGGAUCGAGAACAAUCUGUCGUUCGCUCCCUACGGUCCAGAUUGGAGGCGAGGACGGAAGCUCAUACAUGGCACCGUUAACCAGGAAGCCGUCCAGAAGUAUCAUUCGCUACAAGAGAAUGUUGCCGCCAGAUUUUUGAGAGACUUGGUGGAAUAUCCUUCAGAAGUCAUGAAGCACCUGCAUAUGGCCACGGCUCAAAUCAUCGCGUCCAUAACCUAUGGGUUUUCUAUCGACACUCCAAACAAUGUGUACUUUGACGAAUUUGCCGAAACGGAGCGAAUCGUCCUGAAAAGCGUGGUUCCGGGGGCCUAUUUGGUUGAUAUGAUUCCUCUAUUAUGGUAUCUGCCAUCCUGGGUCCCAUUUAACAGCAUACAGCGAACAGCUGAGAGGGGGCGGCAGCGGGUGUCUGAUAUCGUGCACCAUCCGAUGGAGCAAGUAGAACAGGAUAUGAAACAAGGAGCGUCUUCAGCUUCAUUUGUUUCUGAUCAUCUAAGGGAAGGCGGGAGCGAUAAAGUGAUCAGACAGCAACUACCUUGGGUAGCGUGGUCAAUAUAUGAAGGUAUCUCUGGGAUAUGGGUUUAUCUGACCGUGCAAAAGACUAGUGGAACCAUGCUGGUCUUCAUGCAUGCUAUGGCGUGUUUCCCAGAGGUCCAGACCCGCAUGCGCGAGGAGAUACACAGAGUCGUAGGGACUGACCGCCUGCCAUCUUUCGAUGACAGGGGACGGCUGCCAUAUAUCAAUGCAGCAAUUAAGGAAGUGUACCGCUGGAAACCCAACUCACCUUUGGGCGCACCAAGGAAAUUACAAGAUGCGGAUGUCUAUAGAGGGUACUAUAUACCGAAAGGCACCACUGUUAUGCCUAAUACCUGGUUACUCAGUCGGGACCAGGACAGUGGCAUAGAUCCCGAGGCAUUUUCUCCAGAACGCUUUCUUGAUACCCACGUAGAGAAAACGGCGCUUGAUCCCUACAGUUAUGCGUUUGGCUUUGGAAGAAGAAUGUGCCCAGGGCGUUUUUUAGCAGAUAACUCCGUGUUCAUGCUUGUAACAAGUAUAGUGGCGACCAUGCGGAUUUCGAAACCCAAGGAUAGCCAUGGCAUGGAAAAGCCAUUUGAUCCUCCAUAUAUACCCGCAGGUCUGGUCAGUUUUCCUUAUCCAUUCGAAGUCGACAUCGAACCGGUGUCUGACAAAGCAGUGGCUGUCGUGAAAGGUAUAGCGACGAGUAUUGAUUGAAUAUUCGCGUAUGUAAUGGGAGCGCGAAGGCUCUGAUGGUACAACGUAUGAGGCCAGCCCUUAUUGAUGAUGUAGUAGCUUUCCCUAGGUAUAAGUGUC